AUGGCCGGGUACAAGGCAAGGGUGAUUUCUCUAACCAAGAGGCAGGGUCAUACAUUUGGCUUCUUCUUGAGGUUAGAGCAAACUGAGGAGGGUCACCUGAUCCGCUGCCUGGAAAUGGGAGGUCCAGCUGAACUGUCUGGCAUGAAAGAUGGAGACCGCAUCCUGCGGGUCAAUGGGGAAUUUGUAGAUGGACUGCCCCAUUCAGAGGUGGUGGACAUGGUGAGAAACAGUGGACCAUCAGUCACGUUCCACAUCCUAGAUGAAGCUUCCUACGUGCAAGCUAAAGCCCAGGGAGUGAACCUGUCCAACUCUCAGAGCACACCAGUUGCCAAUGGUGUUGCCAAACAGGCCCUAAAACCCAAACUCUGCUACCUUGUCAAGUCCAGUACAGGCUACGGAUUCUCUGUUCGCUCAAACAAAGAUGAGCAAGGUUUGUUCAUGACAGAGGUGAGCCAAGGAAAUGUGGCUGACAGUGCGGGGGUCAAAGUCAAAGACCGCCUGCUAGAGAUCAACGGGGAGAACGUAGAAGACUCCACACAUGAUCAAGUAGUGGAAAAGAUCAAGCUGGCUGGCAGCAGCAUCAUGUUCCUGCUGGUUGACGAGGAAACAGAGAGGCACUACCAGAACAAGCGUCUGAAGAUAGGAGCAUGGUUAGCAACAUUAAAGUAUCUCCCACACAAGCCACGCGUCGUCGACAUUGCCAAAGGACCUGAUGGCUAUGGCUUCCUGCUCAAGGAGAAGACGAACCAAACAGGUCACAUCAUCAAGGGCAUAGACAGAGGCAGCCCUGCAGAAAGAGCAGGUAUGAAGGAAAUGGACAGACUAGUAGCUGUGGAUGGCAAGGAGGUGGACAGCUGCAGCCAUGAGCAGGUGGUGGACAAGAUCAGGCAGAGUGGCAACAAAUGCUGCUUCCUAGUGGUGGACAAAAACACGGACCAAAUGUAUAAGCAGGGGAAAGUGUCUCCUAUGCUCUUCUUGGAGGAGAUGAUGGGUUCCAACGAACUGCCCAGUUACACAGAGGCGCUCAAUUUACCUGCUCCUGUCCGACAACCCACACCUGUUAAGGGGAGGGAGGAGGAGCUCAAGCCUAAACUGUGUAAGAUGGAGAAGACCCCAGGUGGCUAUGGCUUUCACCUGAACGGCAUCCAGGGGUUGUCAGGACAGCACAUCAAGGAGGUGGUGAAAGGUGGAGCGGCUGACAGGGCGGGUCUGAAGGAUGAGGACAUUGUGGUGGAGGUGAACGGAGUGAAUGUGGAGCAGAGCAGCCACGAGGAGGUGGUGAAAAGUAUUAGCAGCAGUAGCAGCUCUCUGGAGAUGCUGGUGGCUAAAAAGAGCGUCUAUGACCAACUCAAAUCUAAAGGAGUGACCAUCACACGCCUGCUCGUCGGGGAAACAUCUUAUGUUCAGGUCCACACUGCAAACACUCCAGAUGAAGAAAAGACACAUGAGGAGAAGGCCAGACCUGAAACCCCAGCUGAACCAGAAAGAGAGAGGACUUCAUCUUCUUCAUCUCACGAGAGUCUCGAUGAGAGACUCUGAGAGGCCACACGGGAAAGGACCCGCUCUCUGAUUUGGCCUUUGUCAAUCUAAUGUUGAUCCAUAAUUUUGUUUAAACAAUCAGCUCUAAGGGCUUCACACAUCCAAUUAUUAUCACAGAAGACAAAGAGAUACAGGGGGCGAAGGACUGUGAAGACUUUUAAAAUUAACUUUCGAUAUCUCAACUAUUGCAGGAUAGUUGCAUGUAUUAGAGAGCUGAGAAUGCAAACCGUAGCU